AUGGAGGUGGCCCUGGUAGACUUUGAGAGCCUGGAUGAUCUCGACGGCAACCUUGAGGAUGAGACACUACGAGUGCCCCAGUCCCCAACCAUGCCAACUCCAACCAGACAGGGACGCAGUAGCUGUGCCAGUAUGAUCUCCAACUGGAAAUUGCUGCUAAACAGUGAGUGCACUAAGGAGAGUGAGACGAUCUUCAGCCGGCUUGCUAAGGAGUGCUGCGAGGAUCUGUUUGUAGAUAAACGAGGGCUGGAUGACGGAGACCAGAAAGUCAUCAUCAACAUCGCUGGUCUUCGUUUUGAGACGCAGCUCAAAACUUUGGACCAAUUUCCUGAGACGCUGCUAGGAGAUCCUUUGAAGAGGAUGAACUACUUUGAUCCAAUGAGGAAUGAGUACUUCUUUGACCGGAACCGACCCAGCUUUGACGGCAUCUUGUAUUACUACCAGUCAGGGGGCAAGAUCAGACGUCCAGCUAACGUUCCCCUAGAUGUGUUUGCAGAUGAAAUUCUGUUCUAUAAGCUCGGAAAUGAGGCCAUGGAGCAGUUCAGAGAAGAUGAAGGAUUUAUAAAGGAUGUUGAGAUCCCUCUUCCUAAUAAUGAUGUCUACAGGCAAUUCUGGCUGCUGUUUGAGUACCCAGAGAGCUCAAACGCAGCCCGUGGUGUAGCACUGGUGUCUGUUUUUGUUAUUGUCAUAUCCAUAAUUAUUUUCUGUAUGGAAACGCUGCCAGAAUUCAGAGAUGACACCGACCCAAUUGCGCCCACAACAGUACAGCCUUUCAACCAAUCUAGAUUUUACAGUUCUGUGGCUCCAUCUGGCGUGAAGCCCACAACUUUCUCUGAUCCCUUCUUUAUUAUUGAGACUGCCUGCAUUGCUUGGUUCUUCUUUGAGCUGUGUGUGAGAUUUGUGGUUUGUCCUAGCAAAAGGGAAUUUUUUCACAACCUCAUGAACAUCAUUGACAUUAUAUCCAUCAUCCCUUAUUUUGUUACCGUGGUUACAGAAUUGGUCACGACGCCACAAGAGAACUCAGGACAGAACAUGUCUUUGGCCAUUCUGCGUAUCAUCCGUCUGGUAAGGGUGUUUCGUAUAUUCAAACUCUCACGUCACUCCAAGGGGCUGCAGAUCCUGGGACAGACUCUGAAGGCCAGCAUGCGUGAGCUUGGCUUGCUCAUCUUUUUCCUCUUUAUUGGAGUCAUCCUCUUCUCCAGUGCUAUCUACUUUGCUGAGGUAGACGAGCCAAACACACAGUUUGUCAGCAUACCUGAUGGCUUCUGGUGGGCUGUGGUUACCAUGACCACAGUAGGCUACGGGGACAUGUGUCCUAUUACUAUGGGGGGUAAAAUGGUGGGCACCUUGUGUGCCAUCGCAGGUGUGCUUACCAUUGCUUUGCCUGUUCCCGUCAUUGUUUCAAAUUUCAACUACUUCUAUCACAGAGAGACAGAAGCAGAGGACAAGUUGCCCUUGUCAGAUGCUGUUGAGCAAGCCAUGAAGGCUGAAUCAGGUACCAAAGAGGGUUGCAACACCUCGCUUAAUAAAGCCAACGGCAUCUAG